CCGGGGGGAAGCGGCAACUUUGGGAAAGGCGGUACCGGGAACCGCGGGGAGUGCGUGGAAAAACAGCGACUUUGUGAAAAAGAUUUCACGCUGCGGGUCCGUGAAAAAUUGCCGGUUUCCGGCAACUUCCUGAGAAAGCGGCAGAGGAGCGGCGGGACUGGGACAGCGGCAAAGGAAACCCGGGAGGGUUUGCGAGAACAGCAAAGGAAACUGGGCAGGAUUUGGGACUGCGGCGAAGGAAACCCGGCGAGUGUCUGAGGGGUUGUGGAUUUGCGAAGAAAAACAGCCCAAGUUUCAAAAGAGCGAGUUUUCAAGGAAAAAUAAAGUUCCGAGCCGCGUCGGUGCUGCGAGGACAGCUUUUUCCCAGCGGUUCCAUGGCUGCGCUGCGCUGGAGGGGUCUCCCCUUUGGGAACCUCUCUGAUUGUCCCAAUGGGUCCCGGUGGAUCAUGGAUGUGUUCAAUGAGUGUGCCCAGGACAGCCGGGAUGUCGCCAGCAUCGUCCUGGGGCUGGGCUCCAUCGGCUGCUUCAUCGCUGCAGCCUUCCCGCAGUUUUACCAGGCCUGCAGAACGGGCAUCAUGGACCAGGCUCUCUCCAUCUAUUUCCUGCUGGGAUGGCUGGGCGGAGACCUCCUCAACCUCAUCGGUUCCUUCCUGGCUGAUCAGCUGCCCCUGCAGGUGUACACGGCCAUUUACUACGUGCUGGCAGACCUGGGGAUGCUCUCCCUCUACUGCUACUACCGGGUGAAGAACGGGGGCAGAGCCUUCCCUGCUCCCAUCAAUGCAGCCUUUGUGUUCCUCUCCGUGGGCUCCCUGUCCAGCCUCCCCCUCCUGGGCAGUGCCAGCACCGAGGAUCCAGUGACCUUCAGAGGGAGAUCUCUGCUGUCAGCUCCAGGGGAUGAGCUUGGAUCAAAGCCUUUCUCCAGGACUGAGAUCAUUGGAUUUACCAUCGGCUCCAUCUCCUCCGUGCUCUACCUGUGCUCCCGAGUGCCCCAGAUCUGCACCAACUACAAGAGGAAAUCCACCAGUGGGGUCUCCUACUCUCUCUUUGCCCUGGUGAUGCUGGGGAACUCCCUGUAUGGCAUCAGUGUCCUCCUGAAGAACCCGGAGCCAGGCCAGGGCCAAGGUGACUACAUCCUGCACCACCUGCCCUGGCUCGUGGGCAGCCUGGGUGUGCUGGCCCUCGACGUGGUUAUCUCCUUCCAGUUCCUGGCGUAUCGGGAAGGACGGCCUGGAGCCCUUGAGGAGAGGGAUGCUCUGCUUGGGGAGCAGGAUGAGAGCCUGGAGAGCUGACAGAGGGCCCUG